GUCAACAGUCGCUCACGGCCGUGCAUGGAGGCCGCACGCGUUUUCCUAUUUGUCGGAUUAAAAAACUACUACGUAAUCAGUGAUAAAGUGAAGUGAACAGUGGCUAAACGCUUUGUGACCAAGGUUAAUAGUGCAAAUGUAAUUUGGUGUUAGGAACCUUCGGAUAUUGUGCUGUCACGCAUUUAAUUGUUGUCUCAAGUCACCUCGAACAAUAUGCGGGAGUUAUACAAUUUUCAAUCUUACAGGAAUAAUUAUUAAAAAGUGUAAAAUUAUAUUAUACUUGGUGAAAACUGACAUUAUAGUGAAAGUGACAGUUCAUAAAGCAACGCAAUAAAUCUUAUUAAUGCAUAUAAUAAAAAUGUCAAUAACGCAUAGCCAAUGAAAAAGUGAAUUGACGGUUGAAUAGAAUUCAAAGUGGCGAAGUCAGAGUCGAAACUCGUUCUUGUGGAGGGUGAAGGUGAUGGGUGUUGCUGUACUGGCAUGAGGAUCGGAGACUUGGGAGGAGUGCUCUUGGAAGCUGCAAAGCUAACAAGGUCCUGGUUUUGUCAGAAGCCGGGUUUAUCUGAGGAUUACGGCUUCUCCCAGAAGGUCGACGAGGAGGAGAACAGCGGCGGGGUGACUCUUCACCCCCCGGACGGGUUCUACUCCCACCAGCACAAUAUUCACAGCGGACAUCAUGGUCAUCACGCGGAGCCUGACCGCGGUUACAUGGAGGGCAACAGAUAUGUUACAGCAGUUCAUCGACCUAUGCCUGCUCUAAACCAUUCUAACUCGUCAUGCUCGUCUGCCUCGAAUGCGUCUACCGGUGCAGGUCUGUGCGCAGGCGCAUCGGAACCGGCGCCGCCACUUUAUAUCGCCGCGCCGCCAGAGGGCUUCGGAUUGGCUGUUCAUACCAACAGGCGUGGCACAGACGUGGGGAUCAUUGGCAGUACUGGGAUUGCGCAAAAAGAUUCCAGUUUACCCCAAAAAAGGGGAAAACUUACCCGAGGUCGGUAUGAAAUGUCACAAGACUUGUUGGACAAGCAAGUUGAGAUAUUGGAGAGACGAUACGGUGGGUUGCGCGCACGCAGGGCCGCGGUGACGAUUCAACGCGCGUUUAGAAGGAGGCAGCUUCUAAAGAAAUUCAGCGCUAUUACUGCUAUGGCCAAGGCAGCCGAUUCGAAUGCUCGACGAAUGCAGGAUGGCGAUCAUUUGAUGGUUAACGGCAACGAUAUCUACGCGAAUACAAUGCUACAAAAAAGCCCGGCUGGUGUGGAGAAGUCUCUGGCGCUCACCAGACCAAUGCGGUCCAUGUCACUACGGGAGAGACAUGAUGUCGACUUGGGCAACCACAUCGGCUGUGAUUCGAACGAUGUGGAUGCGAUGGUCGCCAGGGUUCAGCAGUCGGCGCAUCAGAUACACAUGAUCGCAAGCGAAAUUCCGCACAGGGGAGACGCAGAUAGCGGGGUAUGCAGCUGUUCCGUUAGCGGUUCAGUGACAAACAUAUCGACAUCAUCAUCACAUAACGAAUCUCUACACAACCAUCAGUUAUUGAAUAACUCAGGCCCAAUAUACGGGAACCUACUUUCCUCCGGUGGUAAACCACUGUCGUCCCCAACAGCGCGGCAACAGCAGCAGCUAGCCGCAAUCCAGGCGGCAAAUGCGAGACGACAUCCGCCGGAAGUGCCGAAACGGACAAGUAGUAUUACACUCAAUGCGGAGAGCCCCGUGUCGCUCCGAAGAGCGGAGUGCGGCGGUGCGGUGGUGAGAGGGGGGUCUAUGUCCUCCGUACAGUCCUCGUCUUCAUCAUCGUCUCAGGAGCACAGGCAUUACCAUCAGGUGUACCAACCUAGGCAACAGGAGCCCCACAUCCACAUUCAAGAACCGCAGUUCCAGCACACUCGUACUGCGUCUGGUACGCUCUAUGAAGCUGACAGGUUCAAUGUCUGGAAGAGACAGGACGCUCCACCAUACUAUGAAUCCCCGCCUGCCGCUGCAUGUUGUCGACCGCAGCAUGAGCAUCAGCAUACCCAUCAACAGCCUUUGAAGGUAUCAGAAACUGUACGUAAACGUCAGUAUCGUGUGGGUUUAAAUCUAUUUAACAAAAAACCGGAGCGUGGUAUUGGCUAUUUGAUCUCACGUGGUUUCCUGGAGAACUCUCCGAGAGGAGUAGCAAGAUUCCUCAUCACCAGGAAAGGGCUAAGCAAGCAGAUGAUUGGAGAAUAUCUUGGAAACCUGCAGAACCAGUUCAACAUGGCUGCAUUAGAAUGUUUCGUAAACGAGCUGGAUCUAUCCGGUAUGGCGGUAGACGUGGCACUGCGCAGGUAUCAGGCACAUUUCCGUUUGCCAGGGGAGGCACAAAAGAUCGAGAGGCUGGUAGAGGCAUUCGCAAGGCGCUACUGCGUGUGCAAUCCAGACUUCGUACAAAGGCUUCGUACUCAGGAUACGAUAUUCGUUUUAGCGUUCGCAAUCAUAAUGCUAAACACCGAUUUGCAUACACCGAAUCUCAAACCGGAAGCUCGAAUGUCACUCGAUGACUUUGUUCGCAACUUGCGAGGCAUCGACGACUGUGGAGACAUCGACAGGGACAUGUUGGCUGGCAUCUAUGAGCGGGUGAAGUCAAGCGAAUUUAGACCCGGCAGCGAUCAUGUUACUCAGGUGAUGAAAGUCCAAGCCACGAUAGUUGGGAAGAAGCCGCAUUUAGCCCUUCCUCACCGUCGCCUGGUUUGCUAUUGCCGUCUCUACGAAAUACCUGACAUACAUAAGAAGGAACGCCCGGGGGUUCAUCAGAGAGAGGUGUUCCUAUUCAAUGAUCUCCUGGUGAUAACCAAGAUAUUCAGCAAGAAGAAGUCCUCAGUCACCUACACGUUCAGGCAAUCAUUCCCGCUGUGCGCGAUGCUGGUGAAUCUCUUCUCGGUUCCACAUUACCCGUUCGGCAUACGCUUAUCCCGUCGCGUGGACGGACGCAGACUGGCAACAUUCAAUGCGCGUAAUGAGCACGACCGUUGCAAAUUCGCUGAAGAUCUGCGCGAGAGCAUCGCCGAAAUGGAUGAAAUGGAGGCCAUGAGGAUCGAAGCUGAAUUGAACAGGGGAAAGGGCAGGGGUACGAAUAAUAGUGCUAGGAAUGUUAUGGAGAAUCGUGACAGUGGAGUAGCUGAUGUGGAAAUCGAUCACCAACAAUGUAUUGAUCAUAUGCAUGCUCACGGCGUGGUGCCCCCGCCCCCGUCGUGCCCUGCCCCCAUGGCCCCUCGCCCGGCCGGUGGAGGCUGCCCGCCUACCGCAGUUAUCAAGAGAAACGUUCUCAGCAACUCGCUGGUUGAUAUCAAUGAUCCUGUGGCCCUGGCAGCCGAGCGUCUCCAGCGCCGUGGGUCAGUGGGGUCCCUGGACAGCGGCAUGUCCGUCUCUUUCCAACAGGGCAGCCGCACUGCUCUUCACGCUACGUCACCGCGACACCCACCCGAGCAACGGUCGCCGGGACGUAUAUUUGGCGGUAUUUUCCCGGGACGAAUACGCAAACUGAGCGCCUCGGGCAUCCCCGACACGAAGAGCCAAGUCGGCAAAAGCACAGAAGUGUAAUCGCUUCGAUUUGGUUACUAUUCGAUUCUGUAAAUCGAUUCUGAUUCUAUUUCUUUGCGCGAUCAUCGAAUCUUUGAAGGGAUUCGAUCAUUUCCAAGUGCCAUCCUAAUUCCUUUUAGUUUUAGUAGCUUCUGAAAGCUGAAGCACAAACCUCUCGCUUUUACUUAAUCGAAUUGUAUGGGAAGGAGUGAGAUAGCAUUAUUUUUGUCAUGCUCUUUGGUGACCGGUUAGGGAUUCAGGUACGCGUACGUUGCUUGAAGAUUUUAAGAAUUAAUAUAACAUUGACGGAAAAUGGAUAACUGAGAUGGGUCCAUCUUUUGAAUGACAUUUACUGUAGAUCGAAAUAGACAAUUUCUAUGAAAUUUGGAAUGAAUAUUUCUUGAUAAUUAUAGCGUUUUCUUUUCUUGACCUAAUAGAGCUGUAAGAAGGCAGGGUUCUGACACAAAAAUCAAGAUGGCUCAAUAAAAGUUACCAGAACGGUUAACCAAAAUUAAACUCCAUAGUGUUUGAAAAGUUAAUGAUUACCCGGUUGGGUGUUAGAGUAAUUUGUACAUACGUUGAGAAAUUCACUACAAUAGUUUAACAUUACUUUCGGCACAAGGUCAAAUAUGGUUUAACUUUUAGCGGCCAUAUGUGGCACAUUUAAACGAAUUUAUUCGAUCAUUGUUGAAAUUAUUAGAUUUAGAAAUUAAUAUCUCGUAUUCUAAAAUAUUGAUAGUCGUCCAUACCAUUCCUUUCAGUCCAUUCAGAAGUAUAUUUAUAUAGAUAUUAUUUAUCCGAUUUCAAGAUUAUUUUUACAACUGUGUUACCUUGGUACCAUAGAACGUAGAGUAAGAUAAAUUAUCUAUGGAUCGUCCUUUUCCGAUAUAAAAAUCUGUCCUUGAAUCCGCCAUCUUUUUUCCAAUUCAAAGCCAAGUUUUGUAAUGUACUCGUAAUACGAUUUACAUAUAUAUGUUCUUUCAGUUUAGUUCCAAAUAUGCCCACGGAGCGCUGUUCAAAUAUAUCAUACAUUUGUAUAUUUUCGAUUUACGUAUUGUUUAUGUAACAUUUUCAAAUAAGUAAAAACUAGAUUGUUGACUAGCUAAUGUUGAAUUUGUAAUAGGCUUGUUAUUUCUACUAUUUGAUACGGAUAGGAAAAAUUCCCUUUCGUGCUGAGCGGGAAUUUUGGGAGUUGAAACGCCCUAACGAAACCCGCUUGGUUAUUGAUAAUAAUUUCUUUGAAAUUUGAUAUUUAAGAAAUUAUUAUGAAUAAAUUUUCCUACUUUCAACCCGACUGACUUAGCCAAUCGUACAAUUAUUGUAUACGUUUUUGUACUUUGCGCUGUCCAUUUUAACGUGAAUCUCCAUUUAGAGUAAGAAUUUAAUGUGUCGACUACGGAACUGCUAAAGACUUCUCCACUCAAAAGAAUUAGCUAUUUACUAUUUACGAUUUUUAUUAUGUUUAUAUUUUUUCUUUACUGCAUUUCAAACUCCAACCUAAAAAGUAAGUUAUUACAGGGUUACCCUGUAACCGUGUUUCAAUUUUUAUUGAUGGAAUGCAGUACAAAGUUACCAUUCCAAUAAAUGAUAAAAUUUUAUUUUGUGAUUUUUAUUAUCUUCAGUAUAUUUGCAACUCAAACAAGAGUAUUAGAAUAUUAUUUUAGCAGGGUUACUCUGUAAAAACGUACUUUUUACAAUUUUCUUACAUUGUUGGAUAUCUAAAAACCGGUUCCAAUAAUUAUACCAUUUACCAUGAUUGAGAUGAAAUUACAUGGUAAGCCUACUAAACAUAACUGUGUGUCACUUAUGAUUGGUCUAUACUCUAGAGUCACAGUUAAUUUUAACCGUCGCUAUACCUUUACUUAAACUGUGGUCGACACUCGUUAAUAUAUAAAAAUUGUAAUGCAUUACAAUGUAAAAGGAAUUGAUAUAGGGUUUUGUCGUUGAAUUUUGAACCUUGUAUACUUAACUUUAGGGUCGAACUUGUCAAGCGAUUAUCUACGGCAUUUAACUGUCAAUUUGAGGUUCUAUGAAGCGCUUUUGUAAAUAUCGCUUGAAGCCAAAGAUAGGUUUGUGUUCACGAGGAGAUUUUCACAUUACCAUACAGAUACCAAUUGUAUUGUUUUUCUGUAAUAUAAACCUUACUAACUUAUGUAUGUAUAUUGAAGAGGAUUACUUAAUAUAUAUCUUUUAGUUAUUGUUAUUAGAAAUAAAAGCAUUCGUCUCUUUAUAUUGUAUAAUAAUGUUGUUGAGAAUUGCUACAACUAAGUCACUUACAUUAGUUUUAUUUAAAAAUGCGAAAGUGUAUUUAUUUAUUAAAUAUGAAUUAACAUUCAUGAUGA